AUGGGAGAACGUUUGAAUACCUCGCUCGUGGUGCAAAUACCCGAAGGCCAUUCGCCCAAUUUAAUGCAAGAGGACCUUCCCCUCCCUUCUCCAGGGAGCAGACAGGCCCUUGUGAAAUUGUCGCAUGCGGCCCAGAAUCCAACUGAUGAUAUAGAUGCGUUUAACCCUCUCCGUCUCCAUAUUGUGAGAAAAUUUCUAUCUUUUGACGCGAAUACUUUUGGCGACGGCGCUGUCCUGGGCUGCGAUUUUGUCGGCGAGUUGGUUGAACUAGGGAACGAUGUUCGUCGUAUCGCUAAAGAUCAAUUUCCUAUUGUACCAAUCUUCGAAGAUCACCCGCUUACUAGUCUUGGAAUUCUAGGUGAUAUCGAAGGACUGGUUGCUUACACCCAGUAUACCCUGGCUAGUGAAAGACUGUGCUUCAAAGUGCCCAAGACACUCUCCCGAGAAUGUGCCAGCACCGUCCCUCUUGCGGCAGCUACAGCGUAG